AUGUCAAAUAUAUUCAAUAGUCAAAAGUCUAAGACUAACAUAACAAGUAAUGCCAAUUAUAAAAUUUCCAUGCAUGAUCUUUCUCUUGAGAACAUGAGGCUAAUGAGUCUGCUUUUUUUCUUCUGGCUCCUUCUAGUGAUGAUUCUUUUCUUCUUCAAAAGUUCUUUUUCUGUUGAAGGGUAUGCGAAAUCUCAAAACUUUAGAAGUGAUUCUAUGUCAAAGUUAAGUGCUUCUCAAGGAAAAUCAACUUCAAGACAGAAUUCAGGUGUACAAGGAAGUGAAGAUGUUCUUGGUGAUGAGAAGAGGAAAAUCUACACUGGUCCUAAUCCUUUACAUAACAGAUAAGUAGAAAUUUAUAAAUGGUAUUCUUUUUUUUUUCUUCCAAUUAUUUCAAGAUCCAUGUAUGAUUUGUAUAUAUAUUUUCUUUCAAACUUUUACUUUAUUUUUUUUUAAUUUGUUCUUUCUACCAUUCUCUUUUCUUGUAAGAGUUUGUGAUUUGUAAUUUUUAAGGGACAAGUUUAUUGUCAAUUACCAUAUUAUAAGAAUGUUGAUUUUUAUAAUUUA